AUGGCUUCAAAAUCUUCUAUAAUUUUAGGAACUGUUCUUCUCUUAAGCGCGAUGGUUUUAUAAUAUGAAAGUGCUACCCCUUUGGCUAAUGAUCAUAACUCUUGGAUGUUGAAAUAUAAUAAAUAAUAUUACUCAGUGCUUGAACAAGAGUAUAUAAAUUUUGAUUGUUUCUAGAUAUAGAAGACAAGUGUUCGAGAAAAAUGUUAAAUUAAUUGAGGAGACAAACUAAAAACAAAAUGACUUUGUAUUGUAAAUUAAUGAAUUUGCUGAUCUAACAUCGGAAGAAUUCUCAAUUAAAUAUUUACAUUAUGAUCAUUAAGUUUCUAAUAAACAAACAUAAUAAUUAUUCAAAGAUGAGUAGAAUUUAAAUCAAGCAAUUGAUUGGUCUAAAUAUGCUGGAAUUGUUAGAAACUAAGGAUAAUGUGCUGGAUAUAUCUUUAAUGUAUUGGAUCUUUUGGAUUCAAAUAAUAAAAUUAUUAAUAAUAAUUAUAAUCCAUUAUCCUAACAAGAUCUCAUUGAUUGUUCAGGAUCUUAUGGUAAUUAAGGAUGCUAAGGUGGUUUUAUUUCAAGCACAUUAAAUUAUGUAAAGGACAAAGGUUUAGCCUAUGAAAAAGAUUAUCCAACAACUUAAACUAGCGGAGUCUGCAAAAAUGUUUCAAGAACAUUCCGCAUCUCAAGUUACAUCACUGUAAGCAAUUGUGAUGAUCUAAUUAAAGCUUUGUCUAAUUCAACAGUCACUGUAGCAGUUGAUGCAACCUCUUGGUAAUUUUAUAGCAGGUAAUAGUCUUUUUUAAAUUUUAGUGGUAUUUUAACGAAGUGUGGAAGUUCUUUAAACCAUAAUGCAUUGUUAAUCGGAGUAUCAAAUGAUGGAGUAUGGAGUCUUAAAAAUACUUGGGGAACAUCAUGGGGAGAAAAUGGAUUCAUAAGAUUAGGAGCUGGAAAUACUUGUGGAGUUUGCAAGGCUGGUACACAAUAAGUAUUUUGA